GAGAGAGAGAGAGAGAGAGAGAGAGAGAGAGAGAGAGAGAGAGAGAGAGAGAGGCAUAUAUUUGGAGUUAUUUAAGGGAAGCUGAAAAGUAUUCAAGGAAUCAAGAAUAGCAAGAGCUGUAUGUUGACUUGAUACAAGGAAUUCCAAUGGACGCACAAAAGAGCAAUUAAGAGGCUUCUGGAACCAACAAACACCAGUAUUUAUAGACACAGCAGAAGCCAUAGAAGCAAAGAACAGCAGGAAAAGAAACAAGACAUGGACAAUGCCGUUGCAACUGUGAGAUCGAUAAGAGAUGUCCCGCCCGCUCACUACUCCCUUAAAUUAACAUCUUUCUCGUUAUUCCUUGACGCUGACAUUGGAAAUUAUCCUUCCGGAGUAUUUGAAGCUGGUGGCUACGAAUGGAAAUUGUGUAUACACCCAAACGGGAAUGAGAAAAUUAAUGUGGAUCGUCACAUUUCUCUUUACUUGGUAAUAGCAGAUACAGAAACCCUUCCACCUGGUUGGGAGGUUAACGUCAACUUCAAGUUGUUUGUGUUCGAUCAAAUCCGAGAUAAAUAUUUAACCAUCCAAGAUGCUGAAGGAGUAAUUAGGCGAUUUCAUAGGAUGAAGACAGAAUGGGGUUUUGAUCAGUUUGUUUCUGUAGAAACUUUUAAUGAUGCUUCCAAUGGAUAUUUGGUUGAUGACUGCUGCGUAUUCGGUGCCGAGGUUUUUGUGAUAAAACAUAUGGGCAAAGAUGAGUCUGCUUCAAUGGUGAAGGAUCCUGCAAAUAACAUUUACACUUCGAGAAUUGAGAAGUUUUCAGCUAUAGAUCAGGAUGUUAUUUAUUCUGAUGAGUUUAUCGUUGGGGGAACUAAAUGGAAGUUACAGAUUUAUCCCAAAGGGAAUUCAUCUGUAGAUGGCAAAUGGCUCUCCCUCUAUCUGUCGUUAGCACGCCGCAAAACCCUUCCUUUUGAUAGGAAAAUAUUUGCAGACUGCAAGCUGCGGGUAAGGGGCGAGGUCUACGGCAAUCAUUCUGAGAAGGAAGUUUUUUGUUGGUUCUGUGCCUCGUCUUAUUCCUGGCGUUUUCCGAAAUUCAUGGCCUUGAGCGACCUCAAUGACGCGUCAAAGGGCUUCGUCGUGAAUGAUGUGUUAACUGUUGAAGCACAGAUCACGUUCAUAUCCAGUACUAAGGACUUCUGAAGCAGCAGUAGAAGUUGUGGUGCUUAAUUGCUUUAGUAUAACAGAGCCUGUGUUUUGAAGUCUAACUCGUGAAUGAUCCA